UCCUUCCCUUCGCAGUUUCCAGCUUUCCAGCACACCUUCCACUCGUUUAUCCACCUCGCCCAACUAUAACCCAGUAAUAAUGCGUCUCACCUCUGCCAUCUUUGCUGCAUCCCUCGCAGUCUCCGCCCUCGCCGCCCCUGCACCAGGGCUUGGCAUCGCCAACUUCCAAACAACAUACUGUGGAAACGGUGGCCAGACAGUGUGCUGCAACAAGCUUGAACAAGUCACCAGCCUCGACACUGGCGUCGGCAAGAUCCUCGGCCUUUUGAACGUGAGCCUGAGCCAGGUUACGGGCUUGGUUGGUCUACAGUGCACAAGCAUCAACGCACUGGGACUUGGUGGUGCCGUUAGCUGCACCCAGCAAACUGCUUGCUGCUCCAACAACAGCUACAAUGGCGUCGUCGCUAUCGGAUGCGUCCCUAUCAACAUUAGCAUCUAA